AUGCCGGAGGAGGAGUCGAUAGAUAUCAAAUUCAGGCUCUACGAUGGCUCCGAUAUCGGGCCCUUUCGGUAUUCAUCGGCAUCGACUGUGGAUUUUUUGAAGCAGAGGGUCGUCUCUGAUUGGCCCAAAGGCAAAACGGUAGUACCAAAGGGGAUAAACGAAGUGAAGCUGAUCAGCUCGGGGAAGAUCUUGGAGAACAGCAAGACUGUUGGCCAGUGUAAGACACCAUUUGGAGAGAUUGCAGGUGGAGUCAUUGUGAUGCAUGUUGUUGUACAGCCAUCUCUAGCAAAAACCAAAACAGGGGAUGCUCUAGAGUUCAUCCCUAAGUUUCUGGUUUGUUAUUUUUGUUCGAUACAGCAGUGA